GAACAGCAGACGGCAAGGUUGACCUGCCUGGCAAUAAUUUGCGAAUAAAACACUUUUGUAAGUGCUUAGAUAUUUGAAUAAAUACAGACUGUUGCAUUUCAUUUGCGUGGAUUCAACUGGUAAAAUUUAAUUUUCAUUUCUGAUGAUGAAAAGUUUAAUAAGACUAAUGACAUGGCCACAUCAACAGAAACUAUUAUCCAGGACACUCGGCUUGCAGAAGACAGCAUCUUGUCGCCAUUGUUCACAACAGCAGACCAUUGAAGCUAGGCAUUUGAAGCAGAAUCCUCUCACCUUCACAGAAGACAAGUUUAAUGGUGUCACUGUGGACUUGGCACAGAUUCCUGUUGAAAAGUCUGAAUAUGAUUUCCAAAAUAUUCUUGAAGAUGCACUGUUAGAAUGGAAAAGCUUAGGCAAAAGAGCUGUGUGGUUGAAGGUACCCAUCCAGCAGGGCAGGUUUAUUCCAGUGGCUGCCAGGAAGGGCUUCACCUUCCACCAUGCAGAGGGUGACAGUGCCAUGUUAACUCUGUGGAUGGAUAACACUACAGAAUCAAGACUGCCAAGAUACGCCACACAUCAAGUUGGGGUAGCAGGGUUUGUUUUGAAUGAGAAAACAGGGGAAGUUGUGGUUGUAAUGGACAAGCACAGAAAGCGUCCCUUGUGGAAGUUUCCUGGUGGAUUAUCAGACUUAGGGGAAGAUAUAGAAAAUACAGCAGAAAGAGAAGUUUUUGAAGAAACUGGAAUAAGAGCAAAGUACCAGAGCAUUCUUACCAUGAGACAGCAUCAUGACCACCCUUCAGCCUUUGGGCGCUCUGACAUCUACAUCAUCUGUCGCCUCUCGCCUGAGACAUACGACCUUCACCCCUGCUCUACUGAGAUCUCGGCCUGCCAGUGGAUGCAUGUGAAAGAACUUCUGUCACACGAGGAUACCUCAUCACUCACUAAAACUCUGUGUAAACUGGCUCUUUAUGGACUUGAAGAAGGUUUUCAUAAGGUGGACAUUUCCUCUGAGAUACAUGAGUCUAUAUACCAAGGUUACCAGUUUAAACUGUUUCAUAGGCCACUGCCAAAGAAGUGGAGUUGAUGUGGCCUUUCUAAAUGAAGGCUAAAGAUUUUAGAUCAUUUGUUUUUGCUUCUCAUCAAGGCCAGGAUACUUUUUGUGUUUUGAUGCUUUUUAAUAUUUUAUAAAGAUAUAAAAUUUUGUAAGUAAAAUAUAUAUAUGUACAUAUAUAUUUUUUCCUUCACUCUGUCAAAUAUGAUCUAGUCAGUUUGAAGUUUUAGUCUAUGAAGGCAUUUAAAAGAAUAGUACAGAGUGCGAAGAUUCAUAUGUGGCACACGUGAAAAUGUAUUCCUGUGCAUGUGUCUAGCCAUUUAAAACUGUUGAACGAUGAUACUGUAUAAAUGAUGCUUUGAUGAAAGAACAUCUCAUUCAAUGUGUAUACAUGUGUAUACAUGUGUAUAAGAGCUCUUAAAAUUACUGAUUAUGACAAUAACUAUGCGAUAUGCAAAGGGGGAAUGGAAGUAGCAUGUGUGGAAGGUGGGUCUCAUGUCACAGGUUUUUAUUUUUAUUUAUUUUUUAUUAUUUUUGUAAAGACAGGAAGUAAGUAAUUACACGUCUUUGCUUUCUUCAUUCCAAAUUUGCCCAUUAAAUAUGGCACAGGUGCUGAUCUAUUAAAUGCCCCAAUUUUUAGGACUCUUAGUGAGCGUGCCAUUCCAACUCUUAUUAUAACUUGCUAGAUCACUUCAAAAAUGUAUACAUAGAUAGAUGUAUGCUUUAUCAAGAACUGUACAUUCUUGGUAUUAUGAAUACUAAAUUUUAACACUUUCACAAAUUCAGGAUUGCAUAUGUUUGUUUCAGUAUUUUUUUCAAUAUGAUGUAAUGAGGGUGCAUCUCCAAAAUGCAUGGUUUCUUUAAGUUCAAAUUAAUUAUAUACUUCCAAAUAUUUUAUUUGGGUGUGGUGACUUAAAAAAAUUGUUUUCACUGAUGAAAUUGGAGUUUCUACAAAUCAUCUUGUGAUAGUUUCCUUUAUGAAAUAUGUAAUCAGGUAGCACAAGUUAUGAUCAUGUAUUAAGCAUUACCAUAUAUG